CUGGUGAAGACGUAUUUUCAGACACAGUAAAUAAUGGAUUUAAAUAGAAUUUAUGAAAAUGUUGAACCCAGAGAUAUUAGGAACAAAACUGGACCUCAAACUCAGAGUCACGGCCAGGAUGAAGAAAAGGAUCUAAAGCGCAGAGGAAGUAGAUGUUUGGUGUUGAUCACAGUGAGUCUCGGGCUCAUUUGUGUUCUUCUGCUGGUCUUCAUCAUACUGCAGCACAUCACCAUCACAGCAGAGAGAGACCUGAUGAAGGGUUACGAGAGCACAGUUGAAGAGUUCAAUCAAACCAUCAACAGCUUACAGGACAAUUACACUGAUCUGAGUCAGAAAAAGCUGGAGCUGGAAACCAGAGUCAAAGAUCUCACUGCUGAGAAAGACCAGUUACAGAGAAGGUUUGACUCUUUGCAUCAGAAGAACCUGGAGCUGGAGAGCAAAGUCACAUCUCUGAGUGCAGAACGGAAGAAAGAAGCAUCAAAACUAGGAUGUCUUUUCAUGUCCAAUGAGUUGAAGAACUGGUCUGACAGCAGGCAGUACUGCAGGGAUCAUGGUGCUGAUCUGGUCAUUAUCAACAGUGAAGAGAAGCAGAGGUUCAUUUCUUCAUUCACCACAGAAAGAGCAUGGAUUGGUUUGUCAGACACAGACAAUGAGGGCAAAAUGAAAUGGGUGGAUAAUUCACCACUGAAUCAAGGGUUUUGGUUCAAAGGUGAGCCGAAUAGCUAUGGAGGGGAUGAGGACUGUAUUGAACUGAAUUUUAAAAGCGAGACCCUGAACAGCUGGAAUGAUGCCCCAUGCUCUCAGAAGAAGAAAGGGAUUUGUGAGAAAUAGGUUCAUCUUGUCCUGUUCUGGUUUUGCUUCUAUUAUCUAAUGUAAUCAUUCUUAUUGUAAAUACAUAAUUUCUGAUUUAAUCCCUUCCUUUAAAAUAAACUGUUAGUUGAUAUGUAUUUUUCAGAAGAAAAAUUGCUAAAAUUAACAUUAUUUUCUUAUUGCCGAAAUAAACUACUGUGUCUUAUAGUGUAAAUUAGGGUGAUCUGACACACCAAACCUCUGAUGUGUUCAUUUUUUGCUCCAUUAAAAGCAGCUCUAUAUUAUUAUGAUCUUACUCUGGCUGUUAUCAUGAGUGUCAUUUGUUGAUCUUAAGUGUUGAGGUGACGAUCACAGUAAACUAAAGAAAUCUGAAGUGUCCAGAUUACCCUGAUUCACCCUGUCAUUCUGAUAUUGAGUGUCUGUAAAACUGCUUUUGAGUCGACUUUCUGUUUAAAUAAAAUGUUCAAUGACCAUCAUUGCCAUG